GCCAAUCCAACUCGAGGUAUUGUCAGAGUCGAUCUUAUUUAUUUACCAUAUCACCAGUCUUGUGUCUCAGCAUUGCUACAGUUCAUUAUUAUUAUAUCCGUUGGAGGGUUAUGACCAUUUGAUUGUACAUACUAUAAUAAUAAGAGGGGUCGCAAAACCGCAUCUUUGCAACAGGGACGAACGAGGGAGCGAGAGAGAGAAACGUCGGUUCCUAAUCCUCACCUCUCCCUCCCACGACUAUACCGACGGUGACGAACCUCUAGAACAGACUUGCCCCGGGUUGCAAAUUCAAAAAAAAAACUUGAAAUAUGGCACAAAAAACAUCCCAGACGCCGACGGCGAGGCUGACCCGCGAAGAAGUGGCCAAGAACAACAGCGAAGACAGCCUCUGGUGCAUCAUCGACCACAAAGUCUACGACCUGACUGAAUUUGCCGACGCCCACCCAGGCGGCAGCGUGGUCCUACGCCAGGUCGCAGGGCAAGACGCAACAUCUGCAUUCUACAACCUGCACCGACAGGAAGUGCUACAAAAAUACGCGAGCCUAUGCAUUGGAACGAUUGAGGGCGAAACGCCCGAGGUGAUUGAGCACCGACCGGGCGAUUUGAGUACCGUGCCGUACGCCGAGCCAAUAUGGUUGACGCCUCAGUUCAAAAGUCCCUAUUACUCGGCGUCGCACCGGCGAUUACAAAAGGCGGUUCGCGAAUUCGUCGACCGUGACAUAUACCCAGAGGCGCAACAAAAGGAACAGGACGGUACAUAUAUUUCACAGGAACUGGUCGACAAAAUGGCCAACAACAAUUUGUUGGCGAUGCGUCUGGGACCGGGCAAACAUUUGCAUGGUCGCAAAUUACUGGACGGCGCCGUCGAGGGCACCGAGUUCGAUUACUUCCACGACCUGAUUGUGGCACAGGAGCUGUCGCGCGCCGUGGCUCGCGGAUUCCAAGAUGGAAAUAUGGCGGGCAUGAUGAUCUCGUUGACGGCCGUGCGGCAGUGGGCCAACGAUUCUGAGUUGCGCGACCGCGUCACCGACGAGUGUCUUUCGGGUCGCAAGUUCAUGUGCUUGGCAGUCACUGAAGCCUUUGCCGGGUCGGAUGUUGCGGGGAUCCGGACAACCGCCAAAAAGACGCCUGAUGGAAAACACUACAUUGUCAACGGGACCAAGAAAUGGAUCACAAACGGCAUGUUUGCAGACUAUUUUGUCACGGGGUGUCGAACGGCCAAAGGGUUCAGUGUCAUUUUGAUCCCCAGAGGUGAGGGUGUGACUACGAAGCGGAUCAAGACCGCUUACUCGACUGCGGCGGCGACGACUUUUAUUGAGUUUGAUAAUGUCAAGGUCCCCGUCAAUCAUUUGCUGGGAAAGGAGGACCAGGGAUUUAUUGUCAUCAUGAGCAAUUUCAACCAUGAGCGCUGGGCAAUGGCUUGUGGGGUUAUUCGCUGGAUGAGGACGAUUGUCGAAGAGUGUCUGAAGUGGUCGCAUCAGAGAAUUGUUUUUGGGAAGCCUUUGGUUCAUCAACCUGUUAUCAGGCAGAAGUUGGCGAAGAUGAUUUCCCUCACUGAGGCCUGUCAGUCAUGGUUGGAGACUAUCACUUUCCAGAUGUGUAAUAUGGAUUACGCCCAGCAGUCUAAAUUGCUCGGUGGGCCUAUUGGUCUGUUGAAGUCUUAUGCAACCAGAUGUGCCCAUGAUGUCGCUGACGAUGCUGUCAAUAUCUUUGGAGGCAGAGGCCUGACGCAGACGGGUAUGGGGAGGAUCGUCGAAAUGUUCCAUCGCACUUAUAAGUUCGAUGCUAUUCUUGGAGGAGCUGAGGAGGUUCUGGCCGAUCUGGGCGUCCGCCAGGCCAUGAAGCAGAUGCCAAAGGCCAUGCUGUGAUCAUAUAUCUUGCCUGAUAGGAGUAUAAAUCCAAUUAAAGGCCGCAUAUAAGCAGAAACAUGCACAUAUGAAAAUUUUAGGAACGAUGCCAGUUGUGCGGGAUCAUCAAGAGAGUUCAGGGCCUGGUAGUGUGAGCCAGUCAAUAGGUGGUCAAUGGAAAACUACAUGUACCCUUGCCGCCACUAGGGAAUAUUCAGAUGAGAAGAAUGAGCAUGAUCUGAUUUGGGCCGAGUACUGCA